CUCGAACAUGAAUCACACUCCUAUGUAUAACCCGUCCACGAUUAAACAGGGCCAUACAAUUCAACUAACAUAUAUAACGUCAUCUCCCCUUUCGCUCUUUCUCUCCCUCUCUCGAUCCUCAGAUCCGAUCAAUUUCUCUGCAAAAUAUAAACCCUAAACUUGAUCGUAAUCAACCGAUCAUGUCUUCAACAUUCUCCGGCGAUGAAACGGCUCCGUUCUUCGGCUUUCUCGGUGCCGCUGCCGCGUUAGUCUUCUCCUGUAUGGGGGCGGCGUACGGGACGGCGAAGAGCGGUGUUGGAGUGGCGUCUAUGGGAGUGAUGAGGCCAGAGCUCGUGAUGAAGUCUAUUGUGCCAGUUGUUAUGGCUGGAGUGUUGGGUAUUUACGGUUUGAUUAUCGCUGUGAUUAUCAGUACUGGAAUUAACCCUAAGGCUAAAUCCUAUUACCUUUUCGACGGGUAUGCUCAUCUUUCCUCCGGUCUUGCUUGUGGCCUUGCUGGUCUUUCUGCUGGUAUGGCUAUCGGAAUCGUCGGUGAUGCUGGUGUUAGAGCCAAUGCACAACAACCAAAACUAUUUGUUGGGAUGAUUCUCAUCCUCAUUUUUGCUGAAGCUCUUGCCCUAUUAGAAGUCAGAGGACCCCAAAUAAUGUUGAUGAGAACCAUGGAAUAAGCAACCUAAAAAAGAUGAAAUAUAUUUGUGAGAAUUUGUACUUCACUUCGAUUGUUUUUGGUAGUUGGCAUCUUUUUUCCACAUUAUACAUAGUCCAAAAGUAAAAAUACGUCUCAUGUUGUAUGAAUAAUUAAAAUAUAAAAUUCAUGUGUAACACAUGUCAUGCUUUGAAUGCCUUAAAGAAACAAUUAAGCGAUCAACCUUGUUAACUGUGUUCCUAGAUUGUAAGCAUACCCACCAUUAAAUUAAAUUUGUCUAUUCUUAUAUACCAUAAUAUCC